AGCAUUACCUGCAGAGGCGCGCUUGAUCUGAGCUCCCAUUUCGGUUUGCAAAUGGAUGCCCUGGCCAUUUUAGACGAUCAAAGCCACUACGUGACACAAACACAAAAAUGCUGCUAAAGGAAGACGGAUGUGGAUCUUCAGAUUCCUGCAACGCUCUCGUUCAACGUGUUUUGCUUUCUCAUUCAUCUUUGUUGGAGGUGCCGAAAGCGUAGACCAUUAAACUACAGGGCUCUGACUGGAAAUAGUCACACUCGCUCAUUUAGGAAACUACGGAAACGUUUCUGUCUUAUGUUGAUCAGUUUGGUUUAUAAGCGACGAGCUAGGAAAUGAGCCCCACUCACACACACCGAGAGGACAUGAAUAAAACGGCAUCGUGUUUUUGUAACAUCAAAAUAUUCCUAGUGUCGGAAUGUGCACUGAUGCUGGCGCAGGGGACAGUCGGCGCGUACUUGGUGAGUGUUUUAACUACGCUGGAGCGCCGGUUUAACCUGCAGAGUGCUGAUGUGGGUGUUAUUGCCAGCAGCUUUGAGAUUGGCAACUUGGCACUUAUCCUGUUUGUUAGCUAUUUUGGUGCUAGGGCUCACCGACCACGUCUGAUUGGCUGUGGUGGAAUUAUCAUGGCACUAGGAGCACUGCUGUCUGCACUGCCUGAAUUCCUCACCAACCAGUAUGAGUACAAAAGCACUGAAGUGUGGAUGAAGGAGUCAGGAAGGGACAUGUGCUCAAAUCUGUCAAGGAGAGAUGUGGAUGACGGUGGUCUAUGCAGCAAAAAAUCAAACACAAACAUGAUGUACCUACUGCUCAUUGGCGCCCAAGUGCUCCUUGGAAUUGGAGCAACGCCUGUACAGCCUCUGGGAGUGUCCUAUAUAGAUGACCAUGUAAGGAAGAAAGACUCUUCACUUUAUAUUGGUAUAUUAUUCUCAACCUUGGUUUUUGGACCUGCUUGUGGCUUCAUACUUGGAUCAGUCUGCACCAAAUUCUAUGUGGAUGCUGUCUUCGUUGACACUACCAAUCUGGACAUCACCCCAGAUGACCCUCGCUGGAUUGGAGCCUGGUGGGGAGGCUUCCUCCUCUGUGGGGCAUUACUUUUUUUCUCUGCUAUCUUCAUGUUUGGGUUUCCCCCAUCUCUGACAGAGCAAAAUGCAAACAGCAGAAAUGAAAGUGAUCAACCCAUGCUUGCAUUAUCUCACAGUUAUGAGCAUCCAAAGCCAAGUAAUGGUAUCAUUUAUGGCCAUCAACCUGACAGCUCCUGCUGUGAUCAGCUUCGAGUGAUUCCCAAGGUGACUAAACACCUGCUGUCGAACCCGGUGUUCACCUGUAUUGUCCUUGCUGCAUGUAUGGAGAUUGCUGUAGUUGCUGGUUUUGCUGCCUUCUUGGGCAAGUACUUGGAGCAGCAGUUUAAUCUUACAACCACCGCGGCCAAUCAGCUUCUGGGUAUGACAGCCAUCCCAUGUGCAUGUCUGGGCAUUUUUAUGGGAGGUCUUUUGGUGAAGAAGCUGAAUCUGUGUGCUCUGGGUGCUGUGCGGAUGGCCAUGUUGGUCAACCUGAUUUCCACAGCGUGCUACGUGUCUUUCCUUUUUCUCGGCUGUGAUACAAGCCCUGUUGCCGGUGUAACCGUCGCAUAUGUCAAUGAAACCCUGCAGCCAGGCCAAGCACCAGAAGCUCCCUGCAUUAGUAACUGUAACUGCUACACAUCAUCCAUUAGCCCCGUUUGUGGCUCUAACGGGGUCACCUACCUGUCCUCCUGCUUCGCUGGCUGUACAAGAUCCAUUAGUACUGGAGUGCUUCCUCAACCAUCUCAGAACCUGUCAGUGUGUGCAUGCAUUUCUGGUGAUGGCAUCUCGCCCACAGUUGUACCAGGAAAAUGCCCAAGUCCGGGAUGCCAGGAGGCUUUCCUUAUUUUCCUUUGUAUGAUCUGUGUCUGCAGCAUGAUAGGAGCCAUGGCUCAGACACCAUCUGUUAUCAUCCUUAUCAGGACGGUCAGCCCAGAGUUGAAGUCAUAUGCACUUGGCGUUCUGUUUCUCUUAUUGAGACUGCUGGGAUUCAUCCCACCUCCUUUAAUCUUCGGUAUGGGGAUCGAUUCCACAUGCCUUUUCUGGAGCAGCGAGUGCGGCACAAAGGGCGCAUGCAUGCUAUAUGACAAUGUGGCCUAUCGCCACCUCUAUGUGAGCUUGGCCAUUGUAUUAAAAAUAAUUGCCUUUCUUCUGUAUACUACAACAUGGCAAUGUUUACGCUGCAACUACAAGAAGUACAUCAAGAACAAUGAGCUUUAUGUGACAUCCACUGAAAUUUUCUCUUCUGACAUUAAUUUGGAUAGUUUGGACAAAGACAUUAACAGGACAAAAUUUAUAUACAACCUGGAAGAUCAUGAAUGGUGUGAAAACAUGGAAUCUGUUUUAUAGUGGCUGGUACUUAUUAAUGCAUAAAUGUUUUUUUGAAUGGAUCAUAUUGCUUUUAUAUUAGUUCUUCAAAGCUAGCACUUGAUUUCUGGCUUUUACAACAAUUCAUUAGGGUUACAGUAGAAUGCUAAUAAUUUUUGAUCCAUUGUGGUUCUUAGAAGAUGCGUCAGAGAAUGGUCCUUGUUCAGUUCCAGUGAUUUACAGUCAGGUUCAUAAAUAUAUUACAUUGUUAUUGUUACAUGGUUAUUAUUUGUCUACCACGGUAUAUUGAAAUUAAAUAAUGAAUAUGAGCUCAACAUGCGGAAAUGCAUCUGCUCAUUUUAUGGGACCAACAAUAAUUGGACAAGCUAACAUAAUCACAAAUUUUAUGUGAUUUUUGUGACUGUAAUACUUGGUACAAACUUUAUUUUGCAGUAAAUGGUUGUCCAAACCCUUGAACAUAAAGAUCACCAGAUGCUGGAUUUCGUCCGUGGUGGUGCUCUGUCAGGCCUUUACAGUAACUUUUUUCAGCCCCUGCUUGUUCUUGGCUCAUUUGGUUAAAUCUGAGCAGAUAAUAUAGCCUUGGUAUUUUAUAUAUUUAUUUAUGUGACUGUUGACAAUUGAAAAACUUAUUUUGUCAAGAGCUUCAUUAAUAAUUACCCUGAAAUCAGUUUUACUGUCAUUAUUACAUGCCCAUACCAUAAGAUGAGGUGGUAUCCUUUGGAUCAUGAACAGUUAACUUUUCUAUUUUCUGUUUCCUUCCCAUCCUUUUGGUACCCAUUCAUAGUUGUCUCUUUUAUCCAUAGAAAGAUAUUCCAGAACUGUACAAACUUUUGUUUUUAAUUAUUAUUAUUGUCUUCAGGCUUUUGAGGUUAACAUCUUGCUUUUUGCUUCUAUUGAUUGUUUACUCUGACACAGAUUUUGCGGCAGGUGUUUUUGAUCUGGCAAUUGUUGUGAAGGGCUUUUGUCACAGGGAUUAAAUUAUUCUGUUAUUUACCACA